AUGCAGGUUCUUGACAAACUACGGUCCGUGACUUCUCAAGGCGGCCCGCUCGAGCUUUUGAAACAAGAAGGUGACUCAUUUGUUCCAGAAGAGCUGAUAAAAGAUGCUUCGCAUGUUAAAAUUGGUGACGAUAAUUAUGACUUAAACCAAACCACAAACUUUUACAAUGACGACACUCCACAAACGUUACGUGCGGUGGUAUUUUGUUGGCUCCAUGACAAGUCCUCUAUCGUAGACUACAAAAAUGCCUGUUUAGAGUCGGAUAUUGCUGAUUUCAAAUUCUUGGUUAAGACUGAAUUGUCGUCGUGGCUCAGUGGAAAGUCCGAUACAUGUACGUUUAUCAAGACGGAUUCGGAUUCUGGCGAAGGAAAAUUCAAUGGUGAAUCAUCUGAAAACGCCACAGGACUGUCGCAGGCCGGCAGUGCCAAGAAACGGAAAAAUGAGGACCCUCAGCUUGAACGCAUUGCCAAAUUUGAGCGAGAAUUGAUCGACCAUAAUGCCGCAUUGAGAGGUUCGAAGAACAUAGACUUUGGUUACUUGAUAACCGAUGCCAAGCGGUACAUUGCUCUGCUUAAACGGUCAAAAGUACAGAAACAAAAAGUCAAUGGAACCCAAUCUACCGGGCCCAAGAAGCAGCCUAUUAUCAUUGUUUCGCCGGCAACUACAGCAUUGUUAUCUCUCACCAACAUCAAGGAGUUUCUCGAAGAGGGAAAAUUUGUUGAGCCAAGUCUUUCAACCACCAAGAAGCCAUCGAGUGGUUUAGUCACCAUUCACCACGAAUCGGAUCGUCUUCUUCCUGUUGCUCAUCAGUUCAUGGUGGUGGACAAUGUAGACAUGUUCACCAAACCCGAGUAUUGGGAUAGAGUGGUGGCUAUUUUCACCACGGGCCAAGCGUGGCAAUUCACAAACUACAAGUACUCAAAACCUGAAAUUUUGUUCCAAAGGUAUGCGGGAUACUACGUUUGCUACCAGGGUGAAAUUGCUCCUCGUCAAAUCAAGGAGUGGAACAUUAAUGAGAUCAGAGUUGAUAGAGGCGACAAGAGGUUCCGAGACAAGAUGAUAGUACGUGACUUUUGGAUAGACAUGGAGAAGAUCUUGGUUGCAAAAGGUUACGGCAAGUAA